AUCGGUGUAUUCAUUCGAAUAAGAUGCCGACGGAAUGCAUAACGAACCCCCUGCAGAGGGAACUCGCCGAUUCGAUCAUACGGAUGGUACCUUUAGACGAAAUCAGGAUACUUCUAGCUUGCGGAGCUAAAGUAAACGAACCCGUCACCCAGGGCCUGAUGCCCCUGCACUACGCCGUAUGGCAACGUUACUACGAGGCCACCCAGUUGCUGUUGACCCGAGGAGGAAACGUCAACGCCACCGACGAAUGCGGCUACAGCCCCCUUCAUCUAUCCGCAGAGCACGGAUAUACGGAGGUGGUGCGGCUGCUGCUGGCGUCCGGCGCCAAGGUGGACUACCGCGAGGACACCGACGAGGAGUUCCCGAGGACCACCAGGUGCGACGAGCCGCUGCGGCUGGCCAUACGCAACAAGCACAUGGACAUCGCCAGGCUGCUGCUCGAGAACGGCGCCGAUCCGAACAAGCGGUACUUCUUCGGCGCCGAGAUCAACCUGGUGGCCGAUCUGGACUUCCUGGAGCUGUUGCUCACGUUCGGCGCCAACCCGGACAGCAGGGACCGCUCGGGGCUGACGCCUUUGAUGAAGGCCGUUCGACAGCCGCAGGGCAUGGAAGCCGUUUUGCUCCUACUAAAAUACGGAGCCGACGUGAACGCCAUAACAGACGAACGACACGAUUACAGAACGGUCCUCCAUUACGCCGUCUUAUCGGGCAACUACGAAAUCGUCAAUUUGAUCAUCAAACAAGGCGCCAAAUUGAACUACGACGAGGAAUUCGACCUGGGCAAACCCAGCCCCCUAGAUCUGGCCAUACUCAAAGGCGAUCCGCAAAAUGUCGCCCUUCUCAUCAAAUCAGGCGCCAACGUGAAUUGCAGCUCCCCGAUCAUCGGCUCUCCUCUGCACGUCGCCUGCGCCGACAACAUCCCCAACAGAUUCGAGAUUCUAACGAUGCUGCUGGAAUCCGGCGCCGACCCGAACCUCAAGGUCUUCAGCGACGAGUUCGACAGGAACUCGCAGCUGCGGCCCGUGCUGGUCGAGUACCUGGCCAGCAACGAGCGCCCCAGCCUGCCCGUGGUGCACCUGCUGCUGCGAUACGGCGCGAGGGUGGUGAUGAAGACGCAGUUUCGCGAUCCGGACGGCAUGCUGAACUGCCUGCAGAACGUGGUGGGCGAGGAGGCCGAGUCGAUUUUCUUCCUGUUGAUGGAGUGCUGCGAGUCCUUCGAUCCUUGCAUGAUCAGGAGGAACGGGGUGCUGUCGGGCGACAGGAAGGCCGAGCUGUUGGAGCUUUCGAAGUGCCCGUUGACUUUGAAGCGCCAGGUGAGGUUGUACUUGAGGAAGAUCGUCGGUUCGAAGUUGCUGGGCGUCGCCGAGGGAUUGGAUAUACCCAGAUGUUUGACCAAGUAUCUGCUGUUGGAUUACAGUUGAAUUGAUGGGGAGAAGAUUCGUUGGGAUUUCCAUGGGAUUAUUUUUAUUAUUUGGCCACUGUUUGAUUUUUUUUUUUGUAUAGUUACUUAUAACGUUUGCACUUUAAUAUACUUACGAUUUAACGUUUUUUUUAUUAACUUACUAAUUAAUAACUCGUAAAGGAAAACUAAUUGCUUCGAGCUAAUAUUAUUCUCUAAUAGCUCACUAAUAUUGUUUCCACUACUAAACUGUUAAAUAACGAUAGAAUCCUCAUUAAUUAGCUCGUGGACCGGUGGCCAAAAAUAGAGCUAUAUUUUCGAAACGGAUUAUAGAUUAGAGAAUUUAAUCAUUUCAAAAAACGAGACGAAUCGUCUCGUGUGAUUUUGACGAAACUAGCUAUUCCGAAGAAAGUAUUGAGUUUAGUUUGUAAUUGAUACCUUCUAAGAGUUUUUGUAUAUUUGUAUCCGAUUAUUCAUUUAUAUAUUUGUACCUAAUAAAUAUACUUAUUCACCAAUCUCGAGAAGACAUCCUGUAUCAACACCUUCCCUAAUCCUCCAAUGAAACAAAGCCAAUUAAAAUCAACACUAUAUAUUGUU